CUUUGUUUUUAUGAAUAAUGUUAUCAUAGAAUAAUAAAUUAUUACUAUUAAAAUCGGUAACUACACGUUCAAAAGUUGGAUAAAAUCAACUUCACGGUAUCUUUUGGUUAGUGAGGUAACUUGUGAUUUAUUAUACGGUAUACCUUGAUGUAACAAUAUGGUUCAACCAAUCAGAGAUAAUUAUUUUAGAAGACACGAUACGGCACGGUGUAGUGUGAACCCGACUUAACACAAUACCACGGUUAGUACUGUUACGAUGGUAACGGUUUCGCGGGAAAUUUUUAUUCUCGCUUACAGUUUUAACGUGCGUUCCAAGUGCAUCGACAGCAAAUUUCUUUGUUCCUGCCAACCCAGAGGAAGAGACGACGCCACUACGCAAAAGUUUUAUUUGACCAGCUGUGGUCAUAUAUUUUGCGAAAAAUGUGGUUGUUUUUUGGAUGGUACACUGGAUUGCUGCAAACAUUGUAGAAAUAAAUGUUCAUCUACUACAAUUGAAGAAAAGUCAUUAAAAAGAAAUCCUGAAGUCUUAGAAUAUUUUCAAGAACCAGAAGAAGUAUCUGAGAAAUUAGUCAAAGUAAUGCAGUUUCAAAAAGCACAUCGUAUUAAAUUAGUUGCAUAUCACCAAAACAUGUUAUCAAAAUACAAUAGAGCAAAAAUGUAUAUAAAGAAACUUGAAGGUGAAUUAAAGAUCGCUAAAAAUGCAUUGCGAAAUACACCUCAAAAACUGCAAAACUGCAACGUAUCAGAAACUCAUUCCAAUUCAAUGCCAAUUUUUCAACCAAAUUCAACCCCUUUUAUGAUGAUAAAUGAUGAAGCCAAUAUCCGCAAUUCUAACCCAAACAUUAAUCCAAAACAAUCUGAUAUGAAAUAUAGAAAACAGUCAUUUCAAAAUAUGUUAUCAAUUUUAUCAUCAGGAAGUACUACAUCUGGGAUACCUACACCAGGUUCUUCUGUGUAUGCCAGUCCUAUGCAAGAAAAUUGUGAUUUAAAGUACAUCCCAUCAAUAAAUAAACUACGAUUAAAUUCAUUUGAAUAGAG